AUGAAAUAUAACAAAUAUAGUAUCCCCAAAGAAACAGUAAGAGAAGGAGGAAACGCAUCAGAAGUGGUAACUGAGUACCAGAUGGCCGUUCUUAGUGAAGAGAAGAGUGUAGGAGGACACGGUGAUGAAGAAGGAAAUGUGUACUUUUACAAUGAAGAAGGCAUGCAAGAAGGAGAGGGUGAAGAAGGAAUCAUGUACUAUUACAAUGAAGAAGGCAUGCAAGAAGGAGAGGGUGAAAAAGUAAUAGUAUACUAUUACAAUGAAGAAGGCAUGGAGGAAGAAGAUGGUGAAGAAGAAGAUGGUGAAGGAGGAGAUGGUGAAGAAGGUGAUAGUGAAGAAGAAGAUGAUGAAGAAGGAGAUGGUGAAGAAGGAGAUAGUGAAAAAGAAGAUGGUGAAGAAGAAAGGGUAUACUACCAUAGUCAAGAAGAUAUGGAGAAAGACAGUAAAAGACAAAUGCACAAUUUGCAUGGAGAUGGUAUGCCAAUUAUAGAUCCAAAUAAUGAAGAUUUGGAACAUGAGCAGGGAGAAAAUUUGCCACGAAUAAGAAAACCCGACGAGGAGAAUAAUGUGGAUAGAAAAAAACUUGUACUCACAGAUUACAAAGAAUGGCUUGAUCAGAAGGAAUACAGUAUAGUACGCGCACUACGAAAUCUGUGGGAUAAGAUUUAUAAUUCGAAUUUUAUGAUUCGGCAUAGAUAUAAACGUUCUAGUGAAGAUGAAGAAAUGCUCACAAAUUCUGAAUGGCAUAAUUGGUUGCAGGAAUUGAAGAAUGAAUGGUCACGCUACAAUGUCUACUUACACCAGGAAAGAACUAAAUGGUUCCAGGAAAAGGAAAUAGAGUUCCGUCACUUUAUAGAGAACUUCCAAUUUAAAUGGAUGCAUUACAACAAAGAAUUACUAGAGGAUCACUCUUUCGAUGUUUAUAAGAAAUCACUAAAAUGGAACGAUACGAAAUGGAUUAAAUGGAUUGAAAGGGAUGGAGAAUCUAUCAUGAUGAUGGAUAUAGAGAAAUGGAUAGACCAAAUUAGAAAAGAAUACAAUUUAUGGCUACUGAAAGAUUGGGAACAAUGGAAAAGUAACAAAAUUUUGGACUGGUUAUUGAGUGAAAAGAAAUGUGAUCAAUAUCAGUACUGGCUAAAAUGGGAGUAUUCAAAUGAAAAACCAUCACUUAGAAACGAAAAACUGGACUGGUACAAAUGGAAGAAGGUUAGAAAAAAUGAAGCUAAAGACUGGAAAAAAUGGGUCCAUGAAAAAGAUCAGGCAUUAAUAGAAGUUAAGGAUGAAAUAUGGGAAAAUUGGAAAGAGGAAAAAAAAAACGUAUUUUUCUCAAUGCUCAACCACUUUAUUAACAACUGGAUAGCCAAAAAGCAAUGGAAAGUAUGGGUACUGGACUUGGAAAGGACGUGUCAAAGCAAUGUGUUUAUCUAA